AUCCCUCACUCUCAUACAGAACCCUCGUUCACCCUUGACUGCUGGGACGUCUACCACUCGGCUCAGCGCAGAAAUUCUCAGCAAUCUCUUCCAAAUCAACGCCGCUUCACUCCUCAGUCCAAGUUGCGAUAUCGAAUCUUCGCUCAGAUCUUUCCCGUCAACCCGCUCCGUCAAUCUACAAUUUUCUUUUGGAGAUCUGAUUAUUUGUCACUUCAACUUCACCUCGCCAGUACUGCAUAGUCGUUGAGGCUUCGACUAUCACUCUCUCUUUCGCGCAUCAACACCGGUUCCGCUAGCUCUACACCAGAAGUUGAAAAACAAACCACUCAUACUAAAAUUAAGUGAACCCAUCUGAAAAUGAGUCUCUGUCUUAAUCGCCUUACUGAGGAGAGGAAGCAAUGGCGCAAAGAUCACCCCUUCGGUUUCUAUGCCAAACCUAAUCGAAAUGCACAAGGCGUCUUAGACAUGAAGAACUGGGAGUGUGGCAUCCCUGGUAAAUCGGGUACUUUAUGGGAAGGAGGGUUAUUCAAGCUUCAUCUAAUCUUUCCCGAAGAAUACCCCACCAAGCCUCCAAAAUGCAAAUUCGUUCCACCUUUGUUUCAUCCCAACGUCUACCCCUCCGGCACCGUUUGCCUUUCAAUCUUGAACGAAGAGGAAGCAUGGCGCCCCGCUAUUACAAUCAAAGAAAUCCUUAUAGGUGUACAAGAUUUACUAGAUGAUCCCAACCCCGAGUCACCAGCGCAGGCCGAUGCAUACAAUCUCUUCAAAAAGGAUCGCGCUGCUUACGAGAAGAAAGUCCGCCAGGUUGUCCGCGAGAACCCUGCGCCAUAGAAACAAACCAUCAUUGCAAUAGCGUUGACCAAGGGCAUCCUCUUUUUCACAUUCAGCCUCAUUUCGUUAUUUUCCUCAUGAUAUCAAUCACGUUCAGUACUGGUGUUUGGAGGAGUAUUUUUUGUGAUAUUUCAAUACACUCUUCAAUUUGGCAUUACAUGGGCAUUUCCAGAGGGGACGAGGUGGCGUGCAAAACAUACAUUAGGAGAAUUUUAUGACCAUCCAAUCGGACAUAUGGCUUAUUUCCAAG